UCCAGAGUGUCCGGAGCGAGCAGAUUCCCCGAGCCGUGAAGGAGCCUGAGCAGCAGCCACCAUGUGCGGAAUCUUCGCCUACAUGAACUACAGAGUCCCCCGGACAAGGAAGGAGAUUUUUGAAACCCUCAUCAAGGGCCUGCAGCGGCUGGAGUACAGAGGCUAUGACUCGGCAGGUGUGGCAAUCGAUGGAAAUAAUCAUGAAGUCAAAGAAAGGCAUAUCCAGCUCGUCAAGAAAAGGGGAAAAGUCAAGGCUCUUGAUGAAGAACUUUACAAACAAGACAGCAUGGACUUAAAGGUGGAGUUUGAGACGCAUUUUGGCAUUGCCCACACACGCUGGGCCACCCAUGGGGUCCCCAAUGCUGUCAACAGCCACCCACAGCGCUCGGACAAAGGCAACGAAUUUGUUGUCAUCCAUAAUGGGAUCAUCACAAACUACAAAGAUCUGAGGAAAUUUCUGGAAAGCAAAGGCUAUGAGUUUGAGUCAGAAACAGAUACAGAGACCAUCGCCAAGCUGAUCAAAUACAUCUUUGACAACAGGGAAACUGAGGACAUUACAUUUUCAACUCUGGUUGAGAGAGUCAUUCAGCAGUUGGAAGGUGCAUUCGCGUUGGUGUUCAAGAGCAUCCACUACCCGGGAGAAGCCGUUGCCACAAGGAGAGGCAGUCCACUGCUCAUCGGGGUGCGGAGCAAGUACAAACUCUCCACUGAACAGAUCCCCAUCUUAUAUAGGACGUGCAAUAUUGAGAAUGUGAAGAAUAUCUGUAAGACAAGGGUGAAGAGACUGGACAGCUCCACCUGCCUCCAUGCUGUGGGCAAUAAAGCAGUGGAGUUCUUUUUUGCUUCAGAUGCAAG